UAGUUCCCAUAAUGUAAUAGUGAAAGCCCACACGGUUUCCCAUCAGAGCUCAGCCCUCCGUCACAUGCUCGCUGCCGCUCUCCACGCAGGACAGACAGACAGGAGGCAGCAGGACAAAACAAAACCCGGACACAGAGGGAGGAGAACACCGAGUAUCUCCUGUAGACUGCAACAAAGCGUAGCGGUUUCUUUUCCUUUCUGUGGCUCUUGGAGAGGACAUGACUUUUGCCACUUUUUGUUAUUUUGCGGCGCUUUAAAAGUGAAACUCCGCCAUAUUCAGCCUACCACGCCCGGAGCUGCAGCUGAACAGCAGAGAAGAGAGAGGAGGAGGAGGAGGAGGAGGAGAGGGGGAAAGCCUUUUAGCUGCUUCACUUAAAGUUGUUGCACAAACUUAAUUUCCUCUUCACAAAGAGAGGAACAAGGUAAAACAAACGGCCUAGAGAUUAACUUCCUUUACAUUUGCAUUUUGUUUCCAGCUCAGGAGAAAGAGAGACACAGAGAGAAAGAGAGAGCCACAGUGUUGUUGUCGCGCAGAAGAGAGACUCAAGAGGGGUUAAUGAAAAUAAAUUGACUUAAGGAUACUCGGGGUUUUUUUUUCUUCUUCUUCUCCUUCUCCUUCCUCUAUAACCGACAUUAUGUAUGUGUGUGUGCCCUGGAGGGGGACGUGUUAUCCAGGAGGAAUGACUCUGAGCUCUGUCGGGGCUUGCUGCCUCAGCCCGGAGGCCAAAGAGGCUCGCAGGAUCAACGAUGAGAUUGAGAGACAGCUCCGCCGGGACAAGAGGGACUCCCGACGGGAGUACAAGCUCCUUCUGCUCGGAACUGGUGAAAGCGGGAAGAGCACUUUCAUCAAGCAGAUGAGGAUCAUCCACGGCCGUGGGUACUCUGAAGAGGACAAGAGAGGCUUCACCAGGCUGGUCUACCAGAACAUCUUCACGGCCAUGCAGGCCAUGAUCCAGGCCAUGAACACGUUACAGAUCCCCUACAAGUAUGAAAAGAACAAGGCAAACGCCAGUAUUGUCAGCGCGGUUGAUGUGGAGAAGGUCACAACAUUGAAGAACCCUUGCGUAGACGCCAUCAAGAGCCUGUGGAGUGACCCAGGCAUUCAGGAAUGUUACAAUCGGAAGAGGGAAUACCAACUCUCCGACUCAGCCAAAUACUAUCUGAAUGACUUGGAUAGGAUUGCUGAUACUCGCUAUCUGCCGACGCAGCAGGAUGUUCUGAGGGUCAGGGUGCCCACAACAGGUAUUAUAGAGUACCCCUUUGACCUAGAGACUGUAGUGUUCAGGAUGGUGGAUGUGGGCGGCCAGCGUUCAGAGAGGAGGAAGUGGAUUCACUGUUUCGAGAAUGUCACCUCCAUCAUGUUCCUGGUGGCGCUCAGCGAGUACGACCAGGUCCUCGUCGAGUCCGUCAAUGAGAAUCGCAUGGAGGAAAGCAUGGCCUUGUUCCGGACAAUCAUAACCUACAAGUGGUUCAAAGAGUCCUCAGUCAUCUUGUUCCUCAACAAGAUUGAUUUACUGGAGGAGAAAAUCAUGUACUCGCAUUUGGUCGACUACUUCCCUGAAUAUGACGGUCCCCAGCGGGAUGUCGAGGCAGCAAAAGAUUUCAUCUUGGACAUGUUUGUCAGCCUCAAUCCAAACGAGAAAAAAAUAGUCUACUCCCACUUCACCUGUGCCACAGACACCAACAACAUUCGAUUUGUCUUCCGCGCGGUGAAGGACCACAUCUUGCAGGGCAACCUGGAAGUCUACAACUUGGUUUAAAUCGCUGGUGUUGCCGCUGUAAUUCAAUCGGCUUUGUACAGCUGGCAGCCAGGGGAGCUCUGCAGUGAUUCAGUUUGCCUCACACUGCUGCUGAACACUAUAAUCCAAAACAGGACAUUGAGAAGCUACAGAGCUUGUCGCCAAAUGACUGUACUACUGAUGUAUUUCAAUUUUUCAUGUUAGGCUCUUUGAAAAUGGAUGUCUCCAGCUAUAAUGAAGUGUGUCCUGACAAUUAAAGCGCUGCUUUAGUGAGGAGUCUAUUACAGUAUGCACUCUGAAAUUUAUGGAGCCCUUUGUGAACGUUUCCGAGCAGUAACAGUAUAAAUGCACAUGGAUGGAUUGAGAAGGGGGAAAAAAAAGUAUUUCUGUGGCCUCAAAAGCUUCUGAGGACUUGUAAUGUACUAGGUCUCUCCUUCAGGGAAUCUGUGGAAGUGAAUGUAGACUAACUGCAAUGCAGCACCUCACAUCACAAACCCCAAUUGGUCAUAGUUUUUUUAUUUUUUUAUUUUAUGUUUAAAACCAUUUGCAUCACUCUACUUAGUUUGUGUCUUGACUUAAAGGGAAAAAAGUUAUAACGAACACUAAUGACACAUGUACUAUCCUGCAGAUGUUGAUUUGCACACACGCUUUUUGUAACAUUGGUCCUUGUGUUGAUAUUCUUGUGUGUGUGGGUAUUAUCAUUUACACAGUCUCAAUUCAAGGUAUGCUGUGUUUGUCUUUGAUGGCAUUAUUCAGUCUUAAACCACUUGGUAUGACCACAGCAUUAAUGUAUUGUUAUGUAAUUUAACAAAGAUUUCAAAGGGAAUGUUACUACGACCUUACCAGACUAUGCUUCCUUUUUUUGGGUGGGUCUUUAUUUUGUCAAAGCUGUAGAAUCAAGUGUUCAGGGACUGUUUUCUUGGAUUAAAGGGUGACUUCGCCAAUUUUACACAUUAAAGAUGAUACUUGAUAUCAUUCAUCUACUUAAUGUGGCAUUCUGUCACCCGCCCUUCCAUUUCAUCCACAUCACAACACCGCCGUUGUUCGAAUCUUCUGCCCCCUCAAGUGUGUGCCAGUGUGUUGCACUAGCUAAUGUUGCUAAUGCUAGCCAGCUAACGUUAAUGUUGCCUAUGCUAGUUAAUGUUUACAUUGGAAGUUUGUGUUUUUCAACCAAGAGUGUUGAUGAUGACAAAACACAGAUAUCAUGUGAUACCAAUAACGUUAUGCUAUUGGCUUUUUUUCAGAAGCUGAAACCUCACGUCAGAAUUCUUACACAGACAAACAAAAAAAUGAUUUUGAACCCAACAAAAUCUUCUAAAUGAUCAAUUCACAAUCAAAAUAAUGUUUUGAAGGAGAAGAGAUUUGUUUAUUCUGCACUUUCCUACAUGAUACAUCAAUUUUUCAUUUGUGGCUCCAGAGGAAGCUGCAUGUAAUCUGAUAAAUUGCAUUGAGAGAUGUCACUUGUUUCCGAACUUGCAUUGUGGGUAAUGUAGGCAGAGGAUUUUGAAAAGCUGUCCAUUUGUCGUAAUUGCCCUCCUGUAACACUGGAUUCAUUAUGGCCAGUUUAAGAACAAAUGCUCAAAUUCAAUCUUUUUAUUCCCUGCAUUCAUACUUCUCUUCAAAACUGGGUGCAACUUGGCCGCUGAGUGACAUCACUGGAGGCAAUUUAUCAGAUUGUGCGCAGUUUCCUCUGGAGCCACAAAAAACUUUAUACUACUUUAAUGUGUAACAUUGGUGGAGUUACCCUUUAAAAAGUGUUUCUUUCUGAAAAAUCAUCUUCUGUAAGGGCUUUAGGACUUUCACCAUUAUUUAUCUGAAUGCACAUUGUAAAUAUAACAUGGUACAGUAUGUUUUUCCACCUUUACUUGCAUCAAGGUCAGCGCUGAAAGGCUAACUGCUAUAAAGAGAGGACGGUUAUGUUAUGUAAUCUCUGUGGUAUUAAACUAGUGCCUUCUCCUGCUUAAUUCGUACAAUGUUCAAGGGUAUCAAAUGCAUGAAUAAGAAGCUAAUGAGAGCGUAUCCACAGCCCUAAUGUUUACACGACCCUUCUCUUCUCGUUAGAAAUAAUUACAGCCUAAUUUGUGUGGUUUAAUUUAUGGUUCACUGUCACUGCGAUGUCUUAAUGCAGUCUUAGUGUUUUUAAUGUGAUCGGUUGAAUAAACAGAGGUUUUUCCCUGUUCA